CACCUGGCCGCGCUCGGCACAGCAGCCGCCGCCGCAGCAACAUGUUGCCCAGAGGAGCCUCGUCCAUGCCGCCGCCUCCCAACCCCGCUCCCUACUUCCCGCCUCCGCGGGUCACGCUGCCCUCCGGCCUGGAGAUCCUGCGCACCUUCUCGGGGGCCGUCAUCUUCCUGGAGAUCCUUUUUGGAACAAUAGUCUGGAUUUUGGUCGCCUCUACCCAAAUUCCACUGCCACUGCUGCAGGGAUGGGUAAUGUUUGUGGCAGUGACAGCAUGGUUCUUCUCCAUUGUCUUCCUCUCUGUGUUCCUCUUCGGUUAUGCAAAUAGAAUUGCUGUCAACUGGAACCAGGCGGAUUUUAUUUUCCAUGGGGCUACUUUUGUCUUUUAUUUUGGAGCAUUUCUACUGCAAGCAGCAACUACAUCUCUGCAUUACUUUCCCCGCAAAUUCAACUCCACCACACAGGAGACGAUUCUAAGUGGUCGUGAAUACAACAUAAGCAUAGCAGCCUCGAUUUUUGCCUUUGCAACAGCUAUUUGUUAUGGUUGCAGCACAGCCCUGGCAUUAAGGAGAUGGAGGCUAAAUAACAGCUGAAGAGAGGUUAAUGCCCACGUAUUCCACUUCAGAUCAAAUUAUGUGCUACUUGUCUGUUUUACUGUAAUUUAAUUCUAAAAAGACUUUUUUUUUUCUGUUCAAAAUCUGCUUUAAAUGCAAGUAACCCCUAACCAGGAUUUCUUCAACAGGAAAAAAAGUUUCCAUCUCUGCCCUUUCUGAUAAUUUCUUUUACAGUGUACAUUGCAAGGUAUUAGAGAGUAAGGUAUUAGAGAGUUUAGAGGUAAAGAGGUAUGUUAUUAGCAGACAACAGAACUCCAAUGCUACACCAGAAGAGGAAGAAAAUGGAAACUAAGCCAAGGUGUUAACUGCAUAGGCAGCUAAAAAGCUCCCCCCUUGUUAAGCCUUAGGAUUAAGCGCUUUGCAGUGUUACAGUGCACUCCACACAGGUAGAGUCUUGAGGCUCCUGGUAGAGUCAUGGGUGUUCUGUGCAUGAUCAGAGCCCAAGCUGACUUUGAAAUUCCAACUUAGUAUAUAUAUGUUAUUAACUUUGAUGUACAGAGAAAAUAUUUUAAAAAACACAUCAGUGAAAUCUUUUUAUACUCUCUCUAGCUAUUUCUGGUUAGGGUCACCUGAGCCUUAAAGCUUACUGUGUUCCAUACUAGAUGAAAACUGGGACUUCCAAUCAGUCGUUUAUUAGUUUUAGGAAUUCAGCUUAAUCAGAUCUAUUUAACUACAAAACAAAACAGUGCAUUUGUGUUUUGUGUGUAUAUACAUGGUAUAUUUUUGUUUAACAGGUAUUUUUGCACUGUUUAACUUUGUUGGAGUACAGCUUUGUUCUUGCUACUUCAAGUGCUGCAUUAUGUGAGUCAGUAUCAUUUGAAUGGAAUGUUACCAAAUAGUGAAUAAUGUCUGACCUCAAUUCUUGCAGUGUGUUAUUUGUUGCAUUCUAAAGCUGCAGUGUUGUAAAGGUGUUCUUAUUUGGACAGAUGCCUAUACAACAUCUUGCUGAAAGCAGUGGGAUGCAAAACAGUCUGCGCACUAUGGAGUUUGCUUUUCGCACUAAUGAGGUUUAAUUGAGCCUCUCUUGAAUAUCCUGGUGUAUGAUGACAUGCAAUGUUAUAUACAGGAAAUUGAUUUAGCAAAACUAAACUAUAGCAUUGUGCUCUGCUCCCUGAGACUCAUGUCGUUUUGCACAUGGUGAAUGAAGCUUUUUGUUAUUUUGCUAGUAAAUGAUUUUUGCUUUUGUGAAUAGUGCCAAAAAGAUAAUCUGGGACAAUAAAGGCUCCCUGUCAUUUGUAAAACAACUUGUUCACUACAGCUUGCCAGUGCACCUGAUUAUUCUGCAGAGACCAGCAGUGGUUGCGUAAGGGAAGACAGGAUUUCCUUCAUUCCCAGGCCUACUCACUCUCCUUGAGCCAACAAGGGUGUCUGCCAUGGAGGUUACUUUAUCAAACUUGUCAGGUACAAGGAUCUCUGAGGGGCAGCCACCCUCAGUAGUGCCCUGUUGACCCAGGGCAGGUUCUUGUGGGUGGCACAGCAGUGAGUGGCACCCUUUUGUCUAUGGAACCACUUGGUCGUCCUGAAUUACUACAAUGGGAUGUUGUCAUAUAUCUUUUUUCUAAGAUUUUGUACUCUGCCUGAUUUUUUUCCCCUAAUUCUCUCAUUGCAUUGAAACUUUUUGUGAACAUUUUAUCUAGAGUCAUAUACUUAUAAAAAUACUACGUAUUGUACAAAAUACAUUUACACUGGAGUAUAUGGAUGAAAGUAUAUAACAAAGACUUAUGCUAAGCAGCAUUAAAGUUACUUAAUAUAUUUA